UUCGCUGAUGCAUACGCUCUUUAGUCUUUCUCUUUCUUUCUUUCUUUCUUUCUUUCUUUUUUUUUUUUGGCGAUUUUUCUCUCAAUCUCAAAAUUCAAUUCAACAUGAAAAUGGAGAAAGAUUGUUUGAUGCAACGCUUCUUCGGUUUUGAUAAUUUGUGAUUUCAGAUUACUAGGGUUUCGAUUUUCACUAAUUUUUCUCUUCACUUUGAAUUAUUGUUGAAGUCUACCUCACUAGGAUUUGGGCGAGUAUAGUGGGAUUCUACUGGAAUUUGCAGUUUCCAAAAUUUGAGGAUUUUGUUACAUGUAAUUGAUUAUUGGGCCUUCUCAAAAUUUAGUUGAAGUGGUAGUUUGGAUACUCAAUCAAAGCUUUACCAGGGUGUGCCUAUGGGGUGAAAGCUACUUUUGGUAUUGAAGCGUAUCAUUUACUUGUCAGAUGCCUUGGAAGUGUAACAUCUUCUUAGCAUCUAUUGUUACAAAAUAUUUUCGCUCUGGAGAGUGAGCUCAAUUUAGAGCCGCUUCUUUGCUUCUUCCACAUAAUUUUGGAUUAAAACAAAAGAAAAAUGCCUUCAUGGUGGGGGAAGUCGUCCAAAGACGUGAAGAAGAAAACAAGUAAAGAAAGUUUCAUCGACUCAUUACACCGAAAGUUUAAGAAUUCACCUGAAGGUAAAGUAAACAGCAGAUCAGGAAGUUCUCGUAAACGUGGUGGUGACACUGUAUCUGAGAAGGGGUCCAAAUCACCAAUAUCAAGAUCACCAUCACCUUCCAAAGAAGUAGCUAGAUGUCAAAGUUUUGCUGAAAGAACGCAUUCUCACAAACUUCCACUUCCAGAUUUGCGACCUGUAGGUGUAGGUCGCACAGAUUCUGGGAUUAGUGUGGCAGCAAAAUCCAAAUUAGAGAGAAGCUCCAAGACAUCCUCAUUCCUACCCCUUCCUAGACCUGCUUGUAUUCGAAGUAGGCCAGAUCCUGCAGAUUUGGAUGGAGACUUGGUCACUGGUUCAGUCUUUGGUGAGUCCUCAAGUGAUAGUGAUGAUCCCAAUGAUUCACGUCAACGUAGUCCUCCAGCAACUGACUAUGACAUUGGGGCUAGAACUGUGAUAGGUUCUACUGAACCUAGUGAAACUCUCAAAGAUCAAUCUCCUACUGUCGUGCAAAAAAAUUUAAAAGAAGGCAAGAAAGCGGAAAGUCUUCCAUUUCCUCAUAAGAAUUCUUCAAUACCUAAACGGAGGCCUUUAAGCAGCAACGUAACAAAUCUACAAGUUCCUCGUCAUGGGGCCUUCUUUAGCGCACCAGAUAGUUCUAUGUCUAGUCCCUCUAGAAGUCCUAUGAGGAUAUUUAGUACUGAGCAAGUCAUGAACGCCGCUGUUUGGGCUGGAAAAUCUCACCCAGAUGUCAUUUUAGGUGGAUCUGGCCAUUGUUCUAGCCCGGGUUCUGGUCACAAUUCAGGGCACAACUCUAUGGGAGGUGAUAUGGCGGGCCACUUUUUUUGGCAACAAAGUAGGGGUAGCCCUGAAUAUUCUCCUGUACCUAGUUCCAGAAUGACUAGCCCUGGUCCUAGUUCCAGAAUUCAAAGCGGUGCUGUCACACCUAUUCAUCCUAGAGCAGGAGCUCCACCUGCUGAGUCACAAACAUGCUGGCCUGAUGAGAAACAAACUCAUCGUUUGCCUCUUCCUCCCAUAGCAAUCUCAAUCUGUUCUCCAUUUUCACAUUCGAAUUCGGCAGUGACAUCUCCUUCAGUGCCUAGAAGUCCAGGAAGGACAGAGACUCCAGCAAGCCCAGGUCCACGCUGGAAAAAGGGGAAGCUACUGGGUCGGGGCACAUUUGGGCAUGUAUAUGUCGGUUUUAAUAGCGAAAGUGGAGAGAUGUGUGCAAUGAAGGAGGUCACAUUAUUUUCUGAUGAUGCGAAGUCUAGGGAAAGUGCUAAGCAAUUAAUGCAGGAAAUUGCUUUACUGAGUCGUUUGAGGCAUCCCAACAUCGUGCAGUAUUAUGGUUCCGAAACAGUGGGUGAUAAAUUCUAUAUAUAUUUGGAAUAUGUAUCUGGUGGUUCCAUUUAUAAAUUACUUCAAGAGUAUGGACAAUUUGGGGAGCUAGCAAUCCGUAGCUAUACUCAACAAAUACUAUCAGGACUUGCAUAUUUGCAUGCUAAAGCUACAGUGCACAGGGAUAUUAAAGGAGCAAACAUACUUGUUGACCCGAACGGUCGUGUUAAACUGGCAGACUUUGGGAUGGCGAAGCAUAUCACAGGUCAAUCAUGUCCACUAUCGUUUAAGGGUAGCCCUUACUGGAUGGCACCUGAGGUAAUAAAGAACUCAAAUGGUUGCAACCUUGCCGUUGAUGUUUGGAGUCUUGGAUGUACUGUUCUGGAGAUGGCUACUACAAAGCCACCAUGGAGCCAGUACGAAGGGGUUGCCGCGAUGUUUAAGAUUGGUAACAGCAAGGAACUCCCUGUAAUUCCAGAGCACCUCUCAGAUGAUGGGAAGGAUUUUGUUAGACUAUGUCUGCAACGAAACCCACAUCAUCGACCUACAGCUGCUCAACUCUUGGAGCAUCCUUUUGUCAAACAUGCUGCACCUGUAGAGAGGCCUAUUUUGAUCUCUGAACCUUCUGAUACAACUCCUGGAGUUACAAACGGAGUGAAGAUUUUGGGUAUUGGUCAAUCACGGACUACUUCUAUGGACUCGGAUGGUAGACUUGCAGUUCAUUCUUCAAGAGUCUCAAAAGCUGUUCUUCAUGCCAGUGAAAUCAAUAUUUCCAGAAACAUAUCAUGUCCUGUUUCGCCAAUCGGAAGCCCUCUUUUGCAUUCACGAUCUCCUCAACACCCUAGUGGAAGAAUGUCUCCUUCACCCAUUUCAAGUCCACGAACCAUGUCGGGAUCAUCCACACCUUUGACAGGAUGUGGUGGUGCAAUUCCUUACAACCACCUGAAACAAACUAUAUACUUGCAAGAAGGAUUUGUAAGCAUGCCAAAAUCCUUAAAUAGCAGUCCAUACAGCAGCGGUAUCUCCUUCCAUGAUUCAAAUCCCGAUAUUUUCCGAGGGUUGCAGCCUGGGGCUCACAUCUUCUCUGAAAUGAUACCAGAAAACGAAGUCUUGGGAAAGCAGAUCGGACGGCCUGCUUACAGUGAGGUGUAUGAUGGCCAACACAUUUUGGCCGACCGAGUGUCUCGGCAGCUCCUGAGGGAUCAUGUGAAAGCAAAUCCUUCUCUUGAUUUGAGUCCUAGCGCUACAUUGUCGGGUCGCAUGAAUGGUAUUUGACUCUGAAUGCAUCCACCCACUAAGAGCUGAUUCUGAGGAGUAAGAAGCUUUCUUUGGAGUGGAAAGACUGUUAUUACCUAAUCAUUCCUGCGAAAAGAAGUUAAUAAGAACAGAGGGGAAAGGAAUAGUAGACUGAACAAGUGGGAGAUAAAUUCUUUAUACAAUUUGAUUUUUGAAGGAUAAGAAGGCUCAGCUGUGUGACUAAAAUUAACAUCUGGCUCGAUUUGGUCCAGUGGUGGUUACCUCAUGUAUUGGUUUGUACAGCGUUCGAAUGAUCGAUUUAUCAUCUGACCAACUAAUCUGAGAUGCAAAAAGAUUAAUUUUUUUCAAGCGGGACGACUUGUGAUGAUCCAAUGUGAAAAGGAGGUUACUUGAGAGAGAUAGAGAGAAGUACCCACCCAAACAUGGAGCUCCUGAAGUAGGAAAAGCAUUUACAUCAGUGACAAAUGUACAUUUUUUUAGAUCAUCAUAUAGAGAAAGACCAAAGGGACAAAUGGUAACUACCUACCAUCUCUCUAAAACCUUCUUCCUUUCAACCAAAAAAACAAAAAGGAAAGAUAAAUUAUGGUGUACAGUUGGUGAAGGAAUGAAACUGCCUUUUUUAGUUUGUAUGAAUCUUAUUAAGAAAAUCAAGAACUUGUACAGUUCAUGGAAUUAAAGCCCCUUACAAUGAUUUGUGAAAGUUCUGUUAUGGCUGUCA